AUGAAAAGAACUCCUGUCCACGGCGAGCGCCGGAUCGCAUAUCUUCCCGUCUGGCGACGCGCCUGUUGCCUGGCCAGUCUCCGGGUCCCCCUGACGCCCGCCAUGUGGCACUACCUGUUGCGAGGUUUCGCUGGUCGGGUCUUUGACGAGCCUCCCCGACCGGAGAAGACCGCCGGUCGGUCUUCGAAAGCUGCUCCGGACGGUGUCGAAGUCGGUCUGGGCGAGCCACUGCGACGUUCCACGGGCCUUCCCGGCCUCACCGCCGACCUCGGGCGCAGACUGGCCGGCGACGCUCGCGAACCGCUCGUCCAACUUCGCUUCAUCCGAGAAUGGCUCAGCCGGCUCGAGGUGGGCUCUACUUGA